CAAACGGUAGAAGCGUUUUCUCAGAUCUAAUCUUCUGAUUCAGUGUCGGUACGAUUGUGACAUUUCUUUACGGGUGUUGUCUACGUUCGGACGAAUAAGGCGAAUUGAUUACGGGCGGUAGUAGGUCCGGGGUGAAGGUUGUGGAAUCAGCAACCCAUCAUAUUGGUGGGGUCGUCCUCCCGGUCACCACACCCCACUCGGAAUAAUUGGCACUUCGAGGGAGGGCGUGACAUUCCGGAGUGCGGGCCGGAGCCAUGCGGUGAGGGUCAAGUGUCGUUGGUGGAUGGCACAGUGCAGAACCGGAACCGAGUGGAAGAUGAUAACGCGAAAACUGUAGCGAGCGCGUGUGUUUGUGUGUACGUGGAAAACCCCGUCCAGCAGCCAGUAGCUGCGCCCUUGAGUGAAAAGAAGAGCCCGAAGCGAAACCCAAUCAUAUAAUCAUAACAAAAGGAUUAAGCUGUUCCGAGGAAAACUCGUUUCCACAAAGUGAAUGCAUUUUUUCGUCUCCCACAGCACCGGCUAAACCAUCUCGGGUAGAUUGUGCGGUCGGAAUACGUGGAAACCGCAAAGGGGGUUCGAAACUAAUUGAGUGAAAAUAUCAUAAGUGCGCGCUGGAUGGUGAAGAAGAAAUCCGUUUGUUUUCGUCCUUUUCCCAAAGCAAUUAAAACGAAAUGAGGAUUCCACCCCCAACCUUGCCAAGCUAAACUAGUGAAUCCUGCUUGAUCGCGAUUAGAUGAAAAUAGGAAAGUUAUUCUUGUCAUGAGUGGGUGAAGCGGUGAUGUGUUGUACCCGGCAGCGUAGGUGAUUCUGAUUCGCAGAGGACGCGGUGAUUACGCUGAUUUUCUGAAAGCCACCCACCUACAGGAGUCGUGCUUUUUUUUCUCUUUAUUUUGUACACACAAGCGAGUUUGGUGUGAAGGUGGAGUGCUUGGAGGAGGGUUGGUAAUCGAGUGCGAGGGGGCUGAUGACGAGAAGAUUCGAAGAAGGAAAAAAUCGAUCGAAGGAUAAUUGAAGCAGCACAUUAAAACUUUUUCCUGAGAAAGCGACACAUCAGCCAGCAAGCAGAACCAUGCAUCAUCAACGGAAGGCAAUUCUGUCCUUCAUCUUCACAGUGCAAUAUUUUCGGCUAAUCCGAACGUUGCAGCUGACGGAAAUAGUCGUGCCGGACGUGGUCGAUGUGCGCGAUACGCCCACACUGUCCUGCAGCUACGACAUGGGAACGCACACGCUCAACUCGGUCAAGUGGUACAAAGACGAUAGCGAGUUCUUCAGGUACUCGCCGAUGAUGGAGCAGAACGUGCGGACGUUCCCGGUCGAAGGGGUCACCGUCGUGCGGGACUCGCCGGAGCACUAUUGCAACCGAUUUAUGUGCAGCAUCCAGCUGCAGAGGCUCAACAUCAAGUCGAGUGGGACCUACCGGUGCGAGGUCAGCGGGGACGCGCCGGAAUUCAAGCUGGCGCACGGCGUCUACAACAUGACGGUUGCCGUUCUACCCCAGUAUGACCCCAUCAUCAACGGUUUGCAGCACAACUACGCCUUGGGCGAUUUUGUGGUGGCGAACUGUUCCUCGGACAUGUCCAGCCCGCCGGCUCGCCUCUAUUGGUUCAUCAACGAUCGAAUUGUCCCAUCGGACUACCUGCAACCGCAGCAGGAAACCACCAUCGAGAACGAUGGCUUCAUCCUGCGCUACCGGACGCUGGAGAUACGGUUCCACAUCGACGAGGCCCGGCUCGGCAAAAUCAAGGGCAAGCUGGUGCUCAAAUGCUUGGCACGGAUCGAUGCGUUCCCGCAGGGCACGCGGGAAACCACUCAGGUGGUCUACAUCCCGAUGACGGAUGAGCUGCGUAACCAGAAGCUCAUCAACUGGCGCAACGGAGCCCACUCCCUGCACCACGAGUCACAGCUGCACUCGAAGCAUCAUCUGAAGUAUGUAGCCCUUCUAAUCCUAUCACUUCUUGCGAAAAUUUCACUAUCUCUGUAAAAAAGCCAACCUCUUAACCAAAAACGAUAGUCAUAUGAAGUGGCAAAUGACGGCGGGUGGUCGGCAAGGGUUGCUCAUUAGGAGAGCACGUUCGAAACGAACAACAGCCAGCAAGCCGAAAGCCACUGAAUAGAAAAGGCACAAAGCCAUGCCAACACCAAGUUAGGAAGCCAAAUCUGAAAAAUCAAGUACACACAGAAAGAAGCGUGAUAGUGACCUCCUUAGAGCAAACGACAAAGUCAGAUGCGAGAUAGCAAAGAGAAAGCAAAGAAAAAUAUCGGAAAAACUCUAGUUGUUAAUUUUUUAGAAGCAAUUUCUGUUGAUCCCUCAUAAUGUAUAGUGUGGUGGUGGAAUAAGGAGAAAACGUACUUGAAAUUCGUUCACUAUUGUAUCGUUACUAUCAAAAGCACUCACAGUGGAGACGCGUUCCGAUGAUGAUGAUGGUGGGAGAGAUGGGGGGAAUUGCAAUUUUCACCACACACACUCUCACUCCGCGCACUCACAAAACAAAAAACAAAAAAUAACAUAAACUUGUACAGCAGCUGCCGAAGCAAGCACGCCAACAGUCAGUCGAGCGAAUCUUGUAAAUAGCUAUGAAGAACAAAAAAAAACUUGAAAAACGAAGCUCGGCGGAUUGGCCAGCAUCCAAAGAGGCACCAGCCAGCAGCAACAGCACUCACUCACAUGUUACUCUAGUUAUAGAAUAGCCCCUCGUUUCUCCUUUUAUCUCGUGUUGUUCCUUUAUUUUUUCGGCGUAAGAUUAAGAUAAACUAAUCCUAUUUAGUGUUAAGGCGAAAGCGAUGAGAGCGGGAGAAAUAAAGCGAACGGACGCGAAGCAUGAAGCAAAAGGUCGUAAGGUUGGGUGAGAUACGAACGAUAGGAGAAAAGUUAGAUAGUUUUUAUAAAUAUUUUUGUAACGUUUAGUUAACAGCGCAUAUUUAUACAGAGCAGAGGGGGUGGACGGGCGAGAGGAAAUGAGGCAAGUCGAAGAGACAAAAAAAAAGAGUCCGUUCUAGAAAAAGAAACGUCAGCAACAGAGACAGACAGGCAUUGCCUGGAUGGGGAUUUAGAGUCGCGGGGAAGCGGUAAAGAGGUGAAACAACCGGGUCCGGAGACGAGAAAAAGCGUGAAAGUUAAACAAUUGCAAAUCAAAGUCAAACUCUCUGUCAGCAAAAGCGCGAGCAGCCAGCUGGAGGCAGAUGCUCGCGAUAAGACUGGUCGAAUAAUUUUGGGGAAUUUCCUUUGUGUUACACAAUUAUCUGUUGCGUUGAAAUGAAAAAAAUGGAGAAGCUUCGUGCUUCAAGCAUUUCUCGUGAACAUUCUGAUGAGUUUUAUGAGGACUAAGAAAUAUUGAAAUUCCGAAGAAUUUCCUUGCGUUAUCCAAAAAAAAUAUGAACAUGAAGGAAAUUUAGAAUAAUUUUCACUGAAAUCUUUCUCGAAUGGAUUCGAAAAAGAAUUGAAUAGCUUUACACUAAAACUCUAGCGAAAUUUCUCAUGUAAAUUUGGGAGAAUUUUUCUUACAGAUUCAGAAGAGUUUGACGUAAAAGUUUCCAAAAAUGAACCCACAAAUUAAAAAAAAUUAAAAUUUUAAAAAUGGAAAUUAAAAAAAAUAACAAAAAUUAAAAGAAUAGAGAUUUAAAAAACGGAAAUUAAGAAAAAAUUAUAAAAAAAAAAUUCAGUGGAAAAUAUAAAAAAACUCCGCAGAAAGUUGGAAGAACUUAUCAAGGAAGUAUAAAAGAAACUGGAAGCUUAGAUAAAAUGGCAAUAGGUAUUCAGAUGGAAUAACUAAAUAAAUGAAAUGAAACGCAGAAUUUUCUCUGGAAGUGGGAAACAAUUUUGCAUUGAAAUGCUCGCGAGAAGUGAGGAAUAAGCUUGAGCUUGAGCCUGAUUGACUGCCCGUAGUUGCUACUCAAUUAUGGCCGAAUCAGCUGUUCUUGCAUAGAGAGCCAAAAGAUUUUUGCUUGGGACUAGCACUCAUCUUCAAUGUACAAGUACUGGUGAACUCAUUUGUUAGGUCACACUGGCGCCUGCCACGUCUGAAUGCAAGUCAAUGUAGGGAAUGGGGAGAAAAUGAUAAUGCAACCACUCGCCCACUGCAAGCCGAAUAUACCUUUGAACUUGCCACGAGUUCAUACGGAAUUUAUUGGAAUUUUUGGGUUAGAUUCGAGAGGGAGAGGUUCGUCUUGGUUUACGAGCUGCCAAUGUAAUAAGAUAGAAGAAAGCAACUGAUGGAAUUUCUAAUUGGAUGUAGCAAACGAGCUUUUUCGUUUAUUUCCAAUUCUAGCAGUUACUGCCAGAAUAGUCAAGUUGAUGGUAUAGAAUAGAAUUCUAAACGGUAUGGAAGUCCAUAUCCUGUUAACGCGAUUGCCAGAACAUGAGAAAUAUAGAGAAAGUUGCAAAGUAAGAGAAUGGAACGGACCUGGGAUUGAACCCACGACCACCUGCUAUGAGGCAGAAGCAGUAGUCGUAUGAUUACCAAGUCCGUUUCGCUCACAAGAAGUGAGGAAUAAGAGUGAGAAAUAAGAUGUCUCAUUUCUCACUUCUCAGUCGGUGUAUUUCACCUCACACUUCUCACUUUUCACUGUGAGAAUAAAGAUGGUAAGAGAGAAAUGGAAACUGAAAAGUGAAACGUCUCACUUUUCUCUUCACAUAUCUUACUUGCCACUGUAAGAAGUGAGAAAUAUAAUGUAAGAAAUCGGAAAUAAGAAGUGAGAAGUUUCACUUCUCAAUAGUCACUUCUCACUUUAAGAAGUUAGAAAAGAGAUGUAAUCGCCUAACUUCUCGUUACUUAUUUGUUUUUCCUCACUCCUCAUUUUUCACAUUAACAUUUCACUGCGAGAAGUAGGAUACAGGGAGUGAGAAAUGAAAAGAAAGUAGUGCGAAGUUAAAGGGUGCUGAAGGUUUCGAGAUAGGACGCAAAUCUUUGGGAUUACUCGACCAGUUAGAUCAUAUCCAAAUUAUAUUAGCAUAUGUUACUAACAGGCAGCGUCGUAGCUUGUGGUUGGCCGUGUUGCACCCGCUAGGGGCGCCAGGCCUUAAAGGGACGCUGAAGUCCAGUUUUUUUUCUAUGGGAAGUUAUGACAAAUUAUUCUCAAAUUCACUGGUUCAAAGUGUUUAAAAUUUAAACUCUUAUCAGAUUCUCUCGGGAACUACAUCUGCGAUCAAUCGUACAGCUUAUUUCCGGAAGGCCGUG